UUAGUUCUCUCUGGAUACCUGGAGAAUCACAAUCUUGACUAAAAAGUAUGGCCCAAGGAGUGACGAUCGUGUUGGUUGUGCUGCUCGUCGUUGUCACCCCGUCGUGUUUGGGGGGCAGCGUCUUCUUCCGCCAAGGAGGUACCCGGUAUGACUUCACCAUUCCGGAUGUUGCCCCACCACUCGUCCCUCUUUUGGGGGAUGAUGUAACCUUGUCCGAGUCCCAGUUGAGGAGCAGGCAGGCCAAACCACCACUCGAGGAAGGUGUCCUUCUCCGUGGGGAGGAGGAUGUGAAUAAUAAUGAAAUUAUUCAAGGGGCAAGAAAUCUCAAUAGAAAAAAGAAACGACCGCGGAGACCGUUCCCACUCUGCUCAACGUUGCGUUGGCCGUACGUCACGGCGGUGAACCCGGUCCCCUGUGUGGCAGAUAAGGAGCCAGGUCAGGGUCUGGAAGAGGGGAGAAGCAGGUUUGGACGUGAUGAGGCCACGGGGAGCCAGUAUUCUCGCUUUAGUCCGACGUCACGCCAAGUCCCGUCGAGACUGUGGGUCCCAUCGCCGUCUUUCGAGGCUAGUUUUAUCCAGCAGAGGAGCCAAUAUGGGGUCGAGCCUGAGACAAAUGGGUGGGGCAGUGGGGGCGGAAAUGCUGCACCGACACCGCCACCAACGACAACGACAACGCCGCCACCUUCACCACCGAUUCAAAAUGGAUGGGGUCAGCCGGCCCAGGAACAUACGCCUGCACCGCAGAGAUGGAGUCUGCUAGCUCGGGAACAGAGCGCGCCCCCACCGGCUCAAAACGGAUGGGCUCAACCGGCUCAGGAACAGACUACGCCUGCACCGAACCUAAACGGAUGGGGUCAGCCAGCACAGGAGCAAACACCUGCACCACAAAGAUGGGGCCAACUAGUGCGGGAGGAGACCACACCACCACCCACUCAAAAUGGUUGGGGUCAACCGGCGCAAGAACAAACCACUCCGCCACCGACUCAAAAUGGAUGGGGUCAGCCCCCUCAGGAACAGACCACGCCUGCACCGCAGAGAUGGGGUCAGCUAGGGCGGGAACAACCUACGCCUCCACCGAAUAAAAACGGAUGGGGUCAACCAGCUCAGGAACAGACCACACUCCCACCGAGUACAAAUGGAUGGGGUCAACCGGCCCAGGAACAGACCACGCCUGCACCGCAGAGAUGGGGUCAGCACCAUGCGCAACAGAGACAACAACAAUAUCUGCCACAGCGUCAGCCAUGGGGAACUCAACACACUCCACCGCCCGCUUUGCGACAAUCGGAUCAAGGUUGGGGUCAAAAUUCGCCCCCAUCCAACCCAACUAUACGGAAUGAAAAUGGAGAAAAUAAGGGCUGGAGUCAGCAGCAGCAAGCUACACCUGGGUCAAAUAAUGAACCUCAGUCUCAACAACCCGGACCUGGGUCGAACAACGGACCACCUGCACCAGGAUCCGAUUCUGGGUAUGGACCUCCACCUGGACCUCCACCACAGCAGCCUCAAACUCAACAACCACAACAGCCGAAUGGGGGGUCAAACUAUGGACCAGAACCAGGAUCAGAUUCAGGAUAUGGGCCUUCCCAACAACCAACCCAAUCGCAGCAGCAACCAGCACAACAACCACAAGAACAGCAACAACAACAACCAGCACAACCUCCGCCUGCUUCAGGGUCCAAUUUCGGCCCUGAACCCGGAUCCGAUUCCGGAUAUGGGCCUUCACAACAGCAACCACCGGCCCAACAACCACCCCCUUCCGGAUCAAACUACGGUCCUGGAUCUGCACAACAACUUGCUCCACCACCACCAGGAACAGACUCCCGAUUCCAGCAGCCGGGGUCCCGACGACCCGGAGUACCACAAGCCUUCCUCCCACAGCCAAACCGGGACCGUGAAACUCAAAGGGACUCGACCGACUUGGCUCGAGAGUUGGACCGCUACAGGAAACUGGUCGCCGUUUUGCUCAGAAGACUCCACACACAAACAAAUGGACAACCGCAACCACAACUCCUGCCUCGACCAAUAUCCCCACUACAGACAGGACCAACUAGAAAUCCAUCACCCAAUGAUCAACAGACUGCUCAACCCGGUGGAUCAAACUAUCAACCACCACCAUCACAAGGUCAGCAGCAACAAAAUCCCGGAUCCAAUUAUGGACCACCUCCUCCAACAGACGGGUCGCAACAGCAAUCACACUACGAGCCACAAAAUCCACCCGGAAAUUCAGGAUACGAACCACCACCACAGCAACAAUCACCUUCACAGCAACAGCAACCUUCCCCCGGAUCCAAUUACCCCGCAGAAUCUGGAUAUCAACCACCCCCAUCCCAACAACAACAAGCCCCACCCAAUUACGAACCACAACCACAACAACCGAAUUAUGAACAACAGCAGCAACACGCACAAAACGGGCAGCAGCAGCAACAACCACCGCAACAAGUCACUGGACAAAAAUCCCCACAAUACCCCGUCCUUACCCCAUCACAACAGGAACCUCUUCGAAGUAGUCUACGCGAUGGGAAGAGUUACCAGCAAACCUACCAACAGCAGCCUUACGCCAACGGUUACACCUACAAUUCCCCAGCAUACGUUCAGCCAAUCCUCUACGGACCACCGUCCCCUCCCAACAACUACUUUGGCACUGUACCCCUAUCACGAUCCGAGGGGGGCCCUGACACCGCAUCCGCCGUCAUUGAACCUGACGACCCACCACCACCACAACCACCACCAGAACAACAACAACAGCCGGCCACAUCGAUGGGAUGGGGACAACCUAAUCCUGCCCCACAAAAUCCCAACGCAUACUUACCACCACCACCGCAACACCAAGUCCAGUAUCAGCACGAAGCUACCACAGUGACCGUUCCACUUCUCGCUGACCCAACAGACCUCGACGACAAUGACAAGCUUGAGGCUACAUCCACAUCCAGCACCUUCACGAACGACAAUAAAGACAAUGCCACAUCCGGUGUGAUUCUCAUUCUGCCCCUCGUCACUCCAACGACAAAUACUACCAGCACCAGCACCACUGCGACCGCUGAGGACGGCGUGACCUCUGACACACCAUCCCAAAUUACCGGCAACACGGCGGAGGAAAACGCUGCAAUCGAAAAAAUACUGGCUUCCAUGUCGCUCGACGAUUUAGAAACUUCUCUCGGAAUUGAGAAGGAUAGCGUGGCUUGAGUUUUUUAUCCUAAUUUUCAUUACCUUAACUUUUAUGCUUACUUUUAUGAUUAAUUGGUAAAUAAAUACGCGUCGAGCUUAUUAAACAAAUAAUAAAAAACUUUAAUACAAACACUUGAA